AUGCCUACUGCAACUACUACGACUACUGCUGCUACGACUACUACGUCAAGCAAGGAUAAACAAUCUGGUGGAAUAUUGAAAUUGAGAGGACAUGAAGAAGAUCCUUUUCCAGAAUUGAAAACUCGAGGUUGGACGGUAGUGAAAAACGCAAUUCCUUCAAAUAAAGCUAGAGAAUACGAAGAUAGGGCUUACAAAUGGUUGGAAAGUUUCGGUAAAGGAUUCAAUAAAGAUGAUAGGGAAACUUGGAAAGUGGACAACUUGCCUUUUUUCAACAAAGGAGGACUAUUCAAUAGACACGGAGCAGCACACGAGCAAUUCGCUUGGGAUAUAAGAUCUGAACCUGGUAUCAUUGAUACUUUUGCUAAAAUCUGGGGAACAGAUGAACUACUCGUUUCUUAUGACGGAGUAAACGUUUCUCUUCCUUUCAAAAAUGAGGAUCUAGGUAAUCGAGGCGAACCAUGGCCCCACGUUGAUCAAAGUCCUAAUCGAAGAGGCAAAGAAUGUAUACAAGGUAUUGCGAAUUUGGCACCCAACGGACCUAAUGAUGGUGGAUUAAUGGUAUUAGAUGGAUCUUUCCCGUUAUACAACCAAUAUUUCGAUGAACACGAACAUCUAAAACCUUCAGACGGAUGGAAUUGGAUGGACUCAUUUGCUUAUCCUGAAGAAACAUUGAAAUGGUUCGAGGAAAAAGGAUGUAAAUGGAUUAAGAUUGAAGCUUCACCUGGCGAUUUGAUUUUAUGGGAUAGUAGAACAGUUCAUUAUGGUGAUGCAGCAAGAGGUGAUCAACCCAGAGUAGCCACAUAUGUCUGCUACAAACCAGCUCAAGGAAUCAAACCUGAGAAAUUAGAAGAAAGGAAAACGGCUUUAGCUGAUUAUUCAGGUACUUCCCAUGAUCCUAUCAAUUUCAGAUUAACAGGUACGAAUGCGAAUGGACCAAUGUCAGAAGAUGAAGUUCAAUUACCUAAACAGCCUGCUGUCUUAUCUGAACGAGCUCAGAAAUUAGCUGGUGUAGUCGCUUAUUGA